AUGAUCCACCUCGCAUGGUGCACGACGAUAUUCUGGCUGCUCCCCACAAUUCGUCUUCUCGGUGAGGUUCGUGGCGAAGCUGCAGUUCGAUUACAAGAAUCUUUUAGUGAAGGUGUCAUCGAACUCAAAGAGAAAGAUGGUGAAAAGUUCGCAGUAGUUGCUGAUGCGCGACGAGAUACUUGCAGCCGAAAUGUUUUCAGACAUGAUGAUUUAGCGCCUCUUGUGGAACUAGGAAGGAAGAAGGACCACUUCAUUUUUAGCGUCGAGUCAACAGGAGCUUUGAAAUCAGCGGAGUUGGUUGUGGAGGCAUGCAAGGUGAUGGAGGAGAAAUGCAGAUCACUUCGAGAGCAAAUAGCGGAGGUGCUUGGACGUAAAUGA